AUGGCUCCCUCAAGACAGAACCAGGCCCCUCCUUACGCCAAGGACGAGAGAGUGCUCUGUUUUCACGGUGACUUAAUGUACGAGGCUAAGAUCAUGGAGGUGGUUGUGAAGUCAGGUCAGAAGCCUGAGGAUGCUCAGUACCGUAUCCACUACAAAGGAUGGAAAGCGAGCUGGGACGACUGGGUUUCGCAGGACCGUAUCCGCAAGUUCACGGAUGAUAACAAGCAGCUGGCUAGUCAGUUGGAGGCUCAGGCCCGAAUCCGAAGCUCUGGCUCCAAGGGAGGAAAGAAGGGUAUCAGGGCUAACGGUUCCGAGAUGAGCUCUGCUCGAGGUAGUGAAGAGCGUGCUGCUGGAUCCUCAAGCUUUGGUAGAGGUCCCCGACGGGGUAGGGAUUACGAACUUGAAAACUUGAAUUUCUUCUUGUCGAAACCCAAGUAUAUUUCUCCGCAACAAACCACUGUCUUCGACGAUUUUGCUUGGUUCUGCUACACCACUCCCCCGGUAGCAAAAAUGGAGACUAGAAAGAGGAAGCGUGUAGUUUCGAUUAACGAUUACGAGCUCCAGCGCAAGCGAACUCGUAGUCAAAGGACACCACUCCCACUAUCAAAGCCCACUACCUCUCACGACAAUAAGGCAACGGCUGAGGAAGACCCUGUUUCUGUGGGUCCUGCACCCGCCUCUACUGCAAUGAUUACACCAUCUCUGUCUCCUGCCAUAUCAGAUCCUAAGCCCAACACCACAUCCAAUCGCAAGAAAGCAUCCAAGAUUGUGCUUAAAAAACAGUUGUCUGUUGCACCUAUGUUAACGAGUUCGACUCCAACCAAAACCACCUCUAAGAAAGCACCCUUACCUAUAUUGGCAAUGUCUUCAUCUGGGCUAUCUGUUGCAGAUAAGGAUGUUGAAAAACGCCAAAAAGCCUUCAUGCAGAAAGAACAGCGACUCGCACGCGGAGAAGAGGGAGUGGAUCUCCUUCUUCGAUUACCAGCCCCUAGUUACAACUAUGUCACCAAGAAAGGCCAACUCUCUCAGAAUAUCCGCUUCAAAUCUCCUCCUCCCAUCCUUGACCAUCCUAAAAUCCAGGAAGCAGAAAAGAAUGGCACAAUGACCCGCGAGAAGGACUAUUGGUACCGAGGAAUGCCUCGCAACGUGAAAAUACCUACAGCCGGGAUACCGUUGGACAAGUCUCAUGCUAGCCUCCAUGCUGAUUCCGAGGACUCAUUUCACUCUAGGCCUUCUAUCAAGCUUUUUGUUCCUGAUAUCCUAAAGGCAAUGCUAGUUGAUGAUUGGGAGAACAUCACAAAGAACAACCAACUUGUCCCCCUCCCUCAUCCUCAUCCGGUGACGAAGAUCCUCGAGGACUACGCUGCUUAUGAGACUCCGAAGCGCCCUGCCGGCUCCUCUCAUGUGGAUAUACUCGAGGAGACCUUGGCGGGCCUGAAAGAGUACUUCGACAAGUCCCUUGGCCGUAUUCUCCUCUAUCGAUUCGAACGUGCCCAAUACGCAGAAAUGUACCAGAAGUGGAUGUCCGAAGACCCCGAGUAUCAAGGCAAAACCGCAAGUGAUACCUAUGGUCCUGAGCACUUGAUGCGCCUGAUUGUGUCCUUGCCGGAGCUUGUUGCCCAGACAAACAUGGACCAGCAGUCGGUCAACCGUCUACGCGAGGAACUAGUCAAGUUCUGCGCCUGGUUGUCUAAGAACACCACAGAGUACUUCGUCAGCCAUUACGAGUCCCCUCCCCAGGACUACAUCCAGAAGGCCAAAGAUUAA